AUGAAUCCGCCGGGAUCUCUGGGGGUUCUGGAGGAGAAGGAGGAGGAAGACUUGUCCAUCCCGGUUCUCGGGCCGUCCAUACACUCUGACAACCCUCAGGAGCGGAUCCAGGCCCGGCGCCUCCGCAUCGCGGCGCGACUGGAAGCCCGGAGGCGGGAAGCGCUUGGAGAAUAUUUAGAUGGGAAGAAAGAGAGUGAGGAAGAUCAAAGCAAGAGCUCCAAGCAGAAAGAAGAAAGCAGACUGAAAUUGGCUAAACUGCUGCUCUGUGGCACUGAGUUGGUGACAAACAUCCAGGUAGCUACAGAUAUCAGAGAGAUCCACAGGAGAGUGGAAGAAGAGGAGAUAAAGCGGCAGAGACUUGAAAAGCUGGAGAAUGAAGUCAAGACCAGCCAGGACAAAUUUGAUGAAAUCACCGCCAAGUGGGAGGAGGGCAGACAGAAGAGAAUCCCCCAGGACCUGUGGGAUGUGCUUAGCACCCAGCAAGUGCACUGCGCUGCGCUAAUAGAAGACAAGAAUAAGCUUAUCAGCGAGUUACAGCAGGAGUUAAAAACAAAAGAUGACCAGUAUGUGAAGGAUUUGAAGAAACAGUCAGAUGACAUUUGCCUGCUCCUAGAGAGGAUGGAAGAACAAGUCAAGAACGUAAUGAAAACCUUUCGUCAGGAGCUCAGUUACAUUGAGAAAGCAUUUGAGAUAGAACGGCAAGAACUGCUGACCAGUAAUAAGAAGAAAUGGGAGCGGGCCCUGCAGGCUCACAAUGCCAAAGAGCUGGAGUAUCUUAUGAACCGCAUCAAGAAAGUAGAGGACUACGAGAAACAGCUGAACAAGCAGAGGAUAUGGGACUGGGAAGAGUACAACAUGAUCAAGAUCAAGCUGGAGCAAGACGUGCAGAUUCUUGAGCAGCAGCUCCAGCAGAUGAAAGCAACUUACCAGCUAAACCAAGAGAAGUUGGAGUACAACUUCCAGGUGCUGAAGAAGAGGGAUGAAGAGAGCACAGUGAUCAAAUCUCAGCAGAAGAGGAAGAUAAAUCGUCUACAUGAUACCCUUAACAAUCUGAGAUCAAAAUAUGCCAAACAGAUCAAGCAGUUCCAGGAGGAGAACCAGUCACUAACCUCUGACUACAAACGCCUUGUGAUGCAAUUCAAGGAGCUACAGAAAGCCAUGAGGCAUUUUGCUCUUAUCGAUGACAAGCAGUUUCGGGAGAUUUGGCUGAUGAAUGAAGAGGAGGCAAAGGAUCUGAUAAGUAGAGCCUUUGAUGUAGACAGGAUCAUCCAUACCCAUCAUCUGGGACUCCCAUGGACGGCGCCUGAUUUCUGGUUCCUGAGGAAUGUGGGACCUAUAUCUCAACAGCAGCAGAAGUCUGCCACACAAAUAUUAGAAGAGGUGCUGAUGCAAACAGAAGAGGAAGGGACAGAGGAGGCUGCCUCAGAAGCAGAGUCUUACCUUGACCUACCGAAGCAAAUUUCCGCAAAAACUACCAGAAAGAUCCUGAUGCUCCUGUGUGACGAGUCGGGUUUCCUCAUAGAGAGCAAGCUGCUGAGCCUUCUCCUUCCCCUGGAGAAGAAUGAAUGCUAUCUGCUGAAGUUGGAUGCCAUCUUCUCAGCCCUUGGAAUUGAAAGUGAGGACGACUUAUAUAAACUGGUGAACUUCUUCCUCAGAUACCGAGUUUAUCAUUCACCCUCCAGUCAGGAGCAAACAAGCCUGAUGUCGGCACUGGAGCCAGGAGAGAAGAGAGACCUUGAGGAACAGAAGGAGGAAAGCCUUGGGGAAGGGGAGGCGGAAGAGAAGGAGCACCCCCCUUCUCCCAAGCUCAUCCACCCCAACGAUGUCCUCAAGAUCCUGGAGGCCUUUGUCAUGGGUCUGAAGAAGCCCAGGGACUCCCAGGCGCCAGUGAAGUUGAAGCAUGUGCGAGAUGACUCCAAGGACUCUGAGUAUUGGGAGGCCCUGACCACAGUUAUCCCUGAUACCACGCAGAACCUCUGGGACGCUCUGUACACAGCUUUGGAGAAGUAUCACCUCAUCCUGACCCAGAGGGCCAAGCUGCUGAUAGAAAACAACUCUCUGGAGCAGCAGAACACAGAGCUCCAGAUGCUGCUUCAACAGUAUCUAGAAUCCAAGAUAAACUCCGAACUGCAAGUUCCACCAACUCAGGUGUUCCGAGUACCCACAAAAUAGAGCUGGGCCCCAAAAGUCUGCUGUGUUAAGGUGAAUGCUGGCACUGGCAUUGGUGUUGGUGCUAGAGCCGAAGCUGGCACAUGUCACCCAGGGAGCUGCCUGGGACCACUCUGGAUUUCCCAGAGCUGCUAUGAUCAGGCCUGUCAAAAUAAGGCCAGAGGAGGGGUGACCUGUAUCCUGAAGUCAUGAUUAAAGUCUUUAAAAAGUU